AUGGACGACUCCGGCGAUGAGACGGAGGGAAGCCGCCGGAAUAGCUAUGUACGGACGAGCACCGAAAGCUCGGGGAGAAGGAGGAGCGCCAUGUACAGAAGAGGAUCCAACAUGAGCGAGGUUAGCUUCAUAACAGACGUUGAGAUGGCGCAUGACGAGGUGUUCUCCGGGCCCAUGUCCGAGAGUGUACCUACUAGUGUCACCGGCUUCGCGCACCGCAGAUCUCGAGGAGACUCCACCGCAAGCUUCACGUACUACGAGGACGACAGACAUUCAGAGGGCUCAGCCGAGGAGGCCUUGAUAGACGAGGAAGAGGAAGACGGAUACCUCAAUGGCCUCGCGGAACAAGGCGAAGACCUGGAGCUGGGAAGACGACCUUCUCGCAGGCGCAAAUCAUCAUCCUACUCGAGGCAUUCCGCAGGCGCGCCCUUGAUACGGCGAUCAACGUCCUCUGGCAGUGUUGACACGGAAGGUUAUGCAAGAGGUGGAAGGUUUAGCCAGAAAAUAUACAUAUUGACGGAAGAUCUGACAGUUGUCGUUGCCGGCUUUAGGACAUCCGUCAUUGGCUUUGGGGUAUACUUGUUUCUUUGUAUCGUCACUCUUGGCUUGGGAUAUCUCCUCUUUCGGUGGCUGCCUCGCUGGCGGACACGCCUCACUGGCUCACCCAUCGCCCUUGGAGAGGCCGACUGGGUCGCAAUUGAGAACUCAUGGGGGGAAUUUACCACACAAAAGCUGAUAAAGCAAAGCUAUGGACGGUCACUAUCGACGGUAUUCGGCACGCAAGAAAAAGCACGCUACCACGAAUAUGAUGAGGAGGACGAUCCAGUAAUGGACAGCCUCGUUGCCCUUGACUACCGGUAUAUUCGCUUCUGCUAUCAUCCAGGCAAAGACAAGUUUAUCCUGGGCAACACUUGGAAGGAUGCAUCAUGGACCGAUGUGGACGCUGUACGUGCUGGCCUGGACAACGACGAAAAGGCGUUUCGAGAGAGACUUUUUGGCAAGAACGCGAUAGAGAUCGAGCAGAAGAGCGUGGGACAACUCCUUGUCGACGAAGCAUUCCACCCGUUCUACGUGUUCCAGAUAGCCAGCCUGUUUCUCUGGUCCGUUGAUGAGUACUACUAUUAUGCUGCGUGCAUCUUCGUGAUCUCAGUCUUCAGCAUCGCAUCCACACUUAUCGAAACCAAAGCAACGAUGAAACGCCUGCGAGAGCUAUCAAGAUUCGAAUGCGACAUACGGAUUCUGCGUAAUGGCUUCUGGAGAUACGUGGAAUCCAGCGAACUUGUACCCGGCGAUGUUUACGAAGUUACGGAUCCGAAUCUCACGCAACUUCCAUGCGACAGCCUUCUAUUGUCCGGUGACUGCAUUGUGAACGAGAGCAUGCUCACGGGAGAAUCAGUCCCUGUCUCGAAGAUCCCGGCAACAGACGAAGCACUGGAGCUGCUGGACCCCAGUGCCUCUUCCCUUCACCCGGACAUCGCAAAGCAUAUGCUCUUCUGCGGAACGAAAAUCAUUCGAGCAAGAAGACCACAGGACGACAAGGAUGAUGAGGCAGCGGCGCUGGCCUUAGUAGUGAGGACCGGGUUCAACACCACCAAGGGCGCGCUGGUCCGUUCCAUGCUGUUUCCCAAGCCGUCGAAAUUCAAGUUCUACAGAGAUUCCUUCCGUUACAUCUCGGUCAUGGCUGGUAUAGCUGCAAUCGGGUUCGUUGCAUCCUUCGUCAAUUUUGUGCGCCUUGAUCUUGCGUGGCACCUUAUUGUGGUUCGCGCUCUGGAUCUCAUCACUAUCGUUGUGCCACCUGCGCUGCCUGCCACGCUGACUAUUGGGACCAACUUCGCACUGAACCGUCUGAAGCGCAAACAGAUUUUCUGCAUCAGCCCGCAACGGGUCAAUGUCGGUGGGAAGCUCGAUGUGAUUUGCUUCGACAAGACAGGCACCCUUACAGAGGAAGGACUGGAUGUUCUCGGCAUGAGAGUCGUGCAAAGGCCCGCGAACAGAUUCGGUGAGAUUCUGACCGAUACUUCGGCACUCCUGCCAACAACACCGUAUGAGCGGGACCCGACGAUUGACUACACCACCAACAAGGCGAUACUUUACACAAUGGCCACUUGCCACUCCCUGCGAAUCGUUGAUGGCGAACUUCUAGGGGAUCCCCUUGACGUCAAGAUGUUCCAGUUUACUGGAUGGAACUUUGAGGAAGGCGAACAACGAUCUGGAUCCUUAGAUGAUGACGAGCAACAGCGCAAGCUCUCACCAGCAGUAGCUCGUCCACCGCCAGGUCUGGAGUAUGACAUGGAUGAUGAGGAAGAUACUGCAAACAGGAAGCCCAUUGAACUCGGCGUGCUUAAGUCGUUCGAGUUCGUCUCUCAACUCCGCCGAGCUAGCGUGGUGGUAAGACAGUUCGGAUCGCCAAGCGGUGCAGUUUAUGUCAAGGGUGCACCUGAAUGCAUGAAAGAUAUCUGCCGGCCAGAGAGCUUCCCCGAAGACUACGAAGAGCUUCUAAGCUACUACACACAUCGAGGAUUUCGAGUGAUCGGCUGCGCCACGAAAACCAUCCCAAAGCUAAACUGGGUCAAGGUGCAGAAGAUGAAGCGCACCGAAGCGGAGUCUGAGCUAGAUUUCGUUGGCUUCAUCGUCUUCGAGAACAAGCUCAAGCCAACCACUACCGCCGUCGUCGAGGAGCUCGGCCGGGCUAACAUCCGGAAGGUCAUGUGCACGGGAGACAACAUCCUCACCGCCAUCAGCGUAGCUCGAGAGUGCAGCCUGAUCGACCGCACCGCGCACUGCUUCGUUCCACACUUCAUCGAAGGCGACGCACGAACUCCGCUGUCUCGGCUGUGCUGGGAAAGCGUCGACAACCCGAUGUACCAGCUCGACGAGAAUACUUUGAAGCCGCUUCCUCCACCCGCCGAGCACGACGCCUCCCUACCCUACGACAUCUCGAACCUCAAAAACUACUCUGUCGCAGUGACCGGCGACGUCUUCCGCUGGAUCAUUGAUUUCGCCUCCGAAAAAGUCCUGCGUGAAAUGCUCGUCAUCGGGCAGGUCUUCGCGCGCAUGUCUCCCGACGAAAAGCACGAGCUAGUUGAAAAGCUGCAAAGCAUCGACUACUGCGUCGGCUUCUGCGGCGAUGGCGCCAACGACUGCGGAGCCCUCAAAGCUGCCGAUGUCGGGAUCUCGCUCUCCGAAGCCGAAGCCUCCGUCGCGGCCCCGUUUACCAGCCGCGUGUUUGAUAUCUCGUGCGUCCCUGAGGUCAUACGUGAAGGCCGUGCGGCCCUCGUUACUAGCUUCAGCUGCUUCAAGUAUAUGAGCUUGUAUAGCGCAAUCCAGUUCACCUCAGUGAGCUUCUUGUACGCGUCUGCCUCGAACCUAGGGGACUUCCAGUUCCUGUACAUCGAUCUCGCGCUCAUCCUGCCGAUUGCUAUCUUCAUGGGCUGGACGGGUGCGUAUCCCGUGCUGGCGCGCAAGCGGCCGACCGCGAGUCUAGUCUCGAGAAAAGUGCUUACGCCGCUGCUCGGCCAUAUUGGGAUUUGCAUUCUGGUGCAGCUGGUCGGGUUUCAGGCGGUCAGAAGGCAGCCGUGGUUCCAGCCGCCCGUUGUUGACAAGAACCACUCUAACGCGCACAACUCUGAGAACUCGACGCUGUUCCUACUAAGCUGCUACCAGUACAUACUAUCUGCCAUUGUGCUGAGUGUUGGGCCGCCAUUCAGGCAGAGCAUGGCGCAUAACCUACCGUUUGUCAUUACGAUGGUCGUCGCCCUCCUCAUCUCCAGCUACCUCCUCUUCGACCCGGCGCCCUGGCUGUACAAACUCAUGGAUUUGACAUACAUGUCGAUGUCCUUCCGGAUCUUCAUCCUGGCGCUCGGCGUAGGUGGUUUUGUGGUCAUGUUUGCAGCGGAGAAGUACAUAUUUCCGCCGCUGGCGAAGUUCGUUGGGAAAGCAAAGGUCAAACUGACGCCGAAGAGGCAGAAGAAGCGGAAGGAGUAUAAGGUCAUACAAGAAGCUAUGCGGAUAUAA